AUGGCUCCGGGCCGGGCGCUGCUGCCCGCGGCGCUGCUGGCGCUGGCGCUGAGCCCGGGACCUGCGGCCGCGCUGCCCUGCGGCGCUCACUGCCCGGCGGGUACCUUCGCGAGCCCCGGCUGCGGACGGGGAGCGGGCGCGCCGUGCAAGCCCUGCCCGGCCGGCACCUUCUCCAGCGCGGCGGGAAGCAGCGACUGCAGGAUGUGUCGGCACUGCGAAGCACCGUUUCGGUAUUUGAAGAAUUGCUCCUCAACCAGCGAUGCUGAAUGCACGUGCAAGGGGGGCCAUCGCUGCGGCGAUGAUCGCUGCACCUUCUGCACCCGAAGCUGUGGCGUGGGUCAGGAGAGCACCAGCAACGGUUGCCGGACUUGCCGCUAUGGAACCUUUAAUGAUCAGCCCAAUGGCUCCUGUAAAAACUGGACAAUGUGUUCUGGAAACCAAAUCCUGGUGCCUGGAACUCCAGCAAAAGAUGUCAUUUGCAAACAUGCUUCAGUUAAUUCCACUUUAGUCACUACUCUACCUACAACAUCUCUUGACAUUCCAUUUUAUAUCACCGUGCCAGGGAAGGAUGUUCAGGCAGACACAAUCAGGAUUUCUCUCGCUGUGGCUGGGCUGUCGUGCUUGGUGUUUCUGCUGCCUUUGUGCAUCUGCUUCAGUGUCUGGCAGAAAAAGAAACUACAUGCUGUCUUCAAGAAAAUGCACACACCUGAGCAGUCAGUUCAGGAAGAGGAUGCCUGCAGCUGCAACUUCCCUGAGGAAGAACAAGGUGAAUAUCAGAGUCCUGGCAAAUCCACAGAAUUGAGAGAUCUUCUGGAGAACUAGAAAUUGAACUGUCCAAGUCAGCCACAUUUUUCUUUUGGAACACAGAACAAGAAGCUGUUUAUGUAAAUAGAGCAGGUGUCAGCACCUGAGUGCUAUAGCAGUAAAAAUCUCAGCCACCAGGGAAAAGGUAUUUUUUUAAUAUUUCUUAAAAAAAUAAUAAAAAACCCUCAAAACUG